AUGGCGAGCAGCCUCUCAGCGCUAUCCUCUGCGUUUUCGUUGGACGUCAUGGGAAACCGGAUAUCUUUGCUUGAUGUUUCUGCAGCCUCACUGUUCCUGUAUUGUCUGGUUAGGCUUUCGGCACGUCGUCGACCUCCCGCACCCUUGCCGCCCGGUCCAAGGCGUCUGCCUUUGCUAGGAAACAUCCUCGACAUGCCCUCCAGUCAAGAGUGGUUGACCUUUGCUGAGUGGGGUCGGAAAUGGGGAGACAUCACUUCUAUCUCGAUUUUCGGUCAGGAGAUGAUCGUCAUAAACUCCAUGAAAGCAGCUGUCGAUAUGCUGGACAAGAAGAGCUUGAUAUAUUCGGAUCGUCCUGUCAUAGAAAUGGGUGGUGAGCUCGUGGGUUGGAAGGACUCUCUCGCCCUCCUUCCGUACGGGGAUCGUUUUCGAAGGUUCCGCAAGAUGUUCCAUCAGCUCAUUGGCACCCAUUCUUCUAUGUCUAAUUUCCUUUCCGUCGAAGAGGAGGAAACACGAGAAUUUCUGAAGGGCUUGCUGAGGGACCCAACCAGCUUCGUCCAGCAUAUUCGGCGGACGGCAGGCGCAAUUAUUCUCAGGAUAUCCCAUGGGUACAGAGUUAAGGAAGACGACGAUCCGCUAGUGGCCGUCGCGGACGAGGCCAUGCAUCAAUUCGCUCUCGCAACAACACCGGGCGGCUUCCUUGUCAACCUUAUCCCUCCCUUGAAACACCUCCCUGAUUGGUUCCCUGGAGCGGGCUUUAAACAGACAGCAAAGGAGUGGCGAGUCACCUUGAAUCGCAUGGCAAACGAGCCCUACCGUUAUGUUAGGGAACAAAUGGCUUCGGGUCGCGCUGAACCCUCCUUUGUAUCCAAGUUUCUCGAAGAACCAGAAAUAUCAGAAGACAGGGAAUUUGAUAUCAAAAUGUCGGCUGCGUCCCUAUAUGCUGGAGGAGCUGACACUACGGUGUCCUCGAUACAUUCCUUGUUUUUGGCUCUCUCCCUCUUCCCAGAAGUUCAGAAGAAGGCGCAGGCCGAAAUCGACGCCGUGGUGGGGAGCGAUCGACUUCCGACAUUUGAAGAUCGACAGAACUUGCCAUAUAUCAAUGCACUCGUUUCUGAAGUUCUGCGAUGGCAUGCAGUCGCUCCCACAAGCAAAGUUUCAGAAGACGACAUUCACAACGGCUACUUCAUCCCCAAAGGCUCGUUGGUAAUCGCCAAUGUCUGGAAUAUGUUACACGACUCCAUGGUUUACCACAACCCGAUGGACUUUAAGCCGGAAAGGUUCCUGGGACCCACUCCUGAACCUGAUCCUCGUAACGUCUGUUUUGGCUUUGGAAGGAGGUGA